GAGGUCGAACAGGUGCGUAAAGACUCGAGUUCGACCGCGAGCCUCGAGGACGAGGGACGUCUGUCUUGGGACAAGUCUGUCGAUGGGCUGCCGCUGAUCCUCGGGCAGACGCAACCUGCGAGCUAACCUCGGAGAGCAGCAUCGAAUGCACCAUCGAGAUCACAGCCUCGCCUCCGGCCACCCCGACUUCCUCAUCGUCUCACCCGGAUUCCAAGGCCCAAGAGUCCCCGUCCUCCACACGCGUCAACCCGGGCUCCAUGCUCUUCAUCGACGAGGACGCCAUAACAGUGAAGGACUCGGACGACGACACAAGCCUCCAGGCGUUCAAGGGCGAGCAGGCGAGGAUGAUGACCAUUAAGGAGCCCUCGGAUGAGACGCCGAAGGAGGAGGAAGUGCCAGAGACCAAGGAGGGCAGGGGAUCCAAUUCUGACGAGGAGGGGGAAAUCGAUGUGGUGAAUGUAUCUGCCGUAGAGGUGGAAGAGCCGGAGUCUCCAGUCGCUAUUCGACCUAAGAGUCCCGAGGAGAAGGCUCCUGAAGAUGCUACAGGAGAGGCUAAGAGCGACAGUGAUACCAGCGACGAUGAGGAGGCCAAGCCAAAGGCCGAGGUAGACGAGCCAGUCGCCAACCAAGCCCGACGACACUCCAGCCCAAGAGGAGAUUCAAGAAGACGACCCGAAGGAGGAUGCCCAGAAGGAAGACACUAACGAGGAUGAAGGCCAGAAGGAGGACGCCCAAGAGAAGGACAUCCAGGAGGAUGAGGGCCAGAAAGAGGACACCCAGAAGGAUGACAAGUCUUCGCCAGAAGCCAAGGACAGCUCCGACACCGACGACGAUUUCAUCGAGCUCCGCGAAGAACGGGAGUCGGUGCAGGACGCCCGCCGAAUGACCGCACAGACGAUGGAGGGUUUCGUUACACAAAGAUCACCAGGAGGUUGUGUAGGAGGAGCUAAGAAGAAGGAAGAAGAUAUAACGCGGUUAAACAACGAAGCAAAGGGUAGAGACAGUGAAAGUGAUCUAGCAGACACAGUUGAAAGUGUAGAAAUGGUAGGAAGUCAGAAAGAUGUGAAGGGUGGAAACAAAGACGAUGUGACGCCACCUGUCAUUGUCAUCAGUCGCGCCGAUUCUGAGGACGUCGAUGAUGAGGAGGACGCGAGGGAUAAUGUUUAUAACGCGGAUGACGACGGAAAGAACAGGACUUUGAGCGGUUCAAUUUUGCCGGAAGAGCUGUCGAUGAUUUCCAUUGAGCAGCGUGCGGACCCCGAGGAACUGGAGGAGGCAGACUGGUCGAUAAUUACCCAGUGGUCGUCGAGGGACCGAGGGAGCGACAGUGACGAAGGCGACGACGGAGUCCGAGAGGUUGGACAGCGACGGGGAUCGCCGGUCGAGGAGGACGGUCAGCAGGGUGUGACUUCAACUUACAGGAGGUUGGGAGAUGAAAUCACCUUCGACAGCCCUCCUCUGACGCCCAGAGAAGAAGUCGACAUCAAGUACGACUCUACGACGCCGCUCGACCCCAUCAGCGAGAAGGACGAAAGCGACGAAGACAGCGAGGCGGCGAGCAAGGCGGUCCCGUCGAGGUUAAAGGCAAAGCUCUCCUCGGCCAUGAACGAUCUCCUCUCCAUCGGCCAGGACGACUCAGCCGCGGACGACUCAGUUCAGUCCGACGCGGCAGAAACCGCCGGCGCCGAAGAAGAGGCGGGAAAGGCAGAUGAGGAAGAAGAGAGAUCAAAAUCAGCGGACGAGGGAAGUAAAGGUAGUUCAGAAUCGGAAGAGGAAAGUGGAAGCAGCUCGGAAACGGGGGAAGGCGACAAAGACGCCGAAAAGGAUGCCAACAGGACGCCAGCAGAAGACGGCAACGCGCGAGCGAGUGGCGAACCCCCAAAGGAAGGGGAAAAGAAGCGCACCAAACGGGGACGCAUCACGAAGAAGAGGAAAGCAAGUCCCAUCCACCUGGCGGGGGCGCUGAGGACGUUCAGCAACCCCAUCAGCUACUUAGGAGGCCCCAACAUCGAAUACGAAGAGGUCAGGGAAGGCAGAGAACGCCAGGACAGCGUGACGUCCAUCACAUCUCUGGACUAGGGAGCAUCUCUUCCCACUGUGGAUUCUUCAUUUAUUUCAGAUGACAAAAAAUGCGUCACAAAUGAAUAAUGAUUUACAUGAACCUCAUUUUCUGUCACUGCUUUGUAGUUCAAAAAGUACCGUCAUUUGAUUGUUCAGUGUAUAUUUGUUUUUGUUUGUUUUUCAUUUCUUUUUCCCCCUUAGACUUGUAUAUAAUGAUAAUUGAAAUGUAGAUAAAGACAAACCAGUUGUUAUGAAUAGUGUCUUGGG